GCCAAGUAGCUAGCUACAGAAUCAAAUCAAUAUGAAGACAUUCCGGACUCUACCCCAUCUCGUUAUUUUGUUCCUUUUCAUAUCCAUUUUCCUCUUCUCCCCGACCGACGCCGCCGACGGCAAAUGGGAGCUGCUUCUGAAAAACGUUGGCAUUACUGCCAUGCACAUGCAGCUCCUCCACAACGACCGCGUCGUCAUGUUCGACCGCACCAACUUUGGACCAUCCAACCUCUCUCUCCCUAACGGCGUCUGCCGCAACAACCCCAACGACACGGCUCUUAAAAUAGACUGCACCGCUCACUCCGCCGAGUACGACGUGGCGUCUAAUUCAGUUCGUCCCUUGUUUGUGUUCACAGACACCUGGUGCUCCUCGGGAGCAGUAAACCCCAGCGGAAGUCUGGUCCAGAAUGGAGGUUCCAACGAAGGAGAGAAAAUGGUUAGGGUUUUUAAUCCAUGUGCUACUUGUGACUGGAAAGAGGUUGGCAAUGAGCUAGCCAACCGGAGAUGGUAUGCCACCGACCAUAUUCUUCCCGAUGGACGGCAGAUAAUCAUCGGCGGACGGGGGCAGUUCAACUACGAGUUUUACCCCAAAAGUGAAGGCUCAAUGAACGCUCUGAAUCUGCCUUUUCUUCAAGAGACAAGUGACGGUGCUGCCAUAGAGAACAAUCUCUACCCCUUUGUUUUUCUCAACGUUGACGGCAACCUUUUCAUCUUUGCCAACAAUCGAGCCAUUUUGUUCGACUAUGUUGCCAGUAAAGUUGUGAAGACGUACCCCACAAUACCAGGUGGAGAGCCGAGGUCGUAUCCGAGCACCGGCUCGGCUGUGAUGCUUCCUCUCAAGAGCACAAAAGGUCAGGCUGUGGAGGCUGAGGUUUUGGUAUGCGGUGGAGCUCCCAAAGGCGCUUUUGUUAAAGCCUUGAAAGGUACUUUCAUGGACUCAUUGAAGUCAUGUGCUAGGAUCAAAAUCACCGACCCGAACCCGGAGUGGCUUAUGGAAGACAUGCCUCUAGCUAGAAUCAUGGGUGACAUGACGUUACUUCCCAAUGGUGACGUUUUGAUUAUCAACGGUGCCGGACAAGGUGCCGCUGGGUGGGACAUCGGGCGUCACCCGGUACGUAGUCCGGUUGUUUACAAGCCCGAUAAUGCGGUCGGGUCACGGUUUGAGCAACAAAACCCGAGCACCAUAGCACGCAUGUACCACUCAACUGCAGUACUGCUACGUGAUGGAAGGGUACUUGUUGGAGGUAGUAACCCUCACAAUCGUUAUGAAUUCACAAAUGUGCUUUUCCCAACCGAGCUUGCCUUAGAAGCAUUCUCCCCUAAUUACUUGGACUCAAAAUUCGCAAGUAUACGUCCGACCAUCUUGUCACCCAAGUCACAGGCUAAGGUUGGUUACGGAAAGAAGCUUGUCGUUCGAUUUUCGAUAACGGGGACUAUAGCGCUAGACUCAGUGUCUGUUACUAUGGUUUCACCUCCAUUCGCUACGCAUUCAUUCUCGAUGAGCCAUAGGCUAAUAGUGCUUGCUUCAGAGAAGGUUAAAGCACUGGGGAAAUCGAGGUUUGAAGUUCAGGUUACAACGCCGGCUUCUGGUAUUCUUGCACCUUCCGGAUAUUAUCUUCUAUAUGUGGUUCAUCAGCAGAUUCCAAGUGCCGGCAUUUGGGUUAAGAUUCGUUAA